AUGCAUGAGAGAUCGUUAAUUAAAUACAAAUUUAGUCGUCAACUUCGCAUAGCCUUGAUCAAUGCUUUGGAUGUACCCAUACGUUCAUCCUCUAAUACCCCAAGUAAAUCUUUAGUUGUGACCAUGUUACCUGUUCUGAUCUCGCGGUAUCGUAAGCCAUUGUCACCCCGUGUUGAGAUAAGUGAACUUUGCUUGGAAGAACUAUCUUUCGCUGGGGAAGCCUUCCCAGCGUCUCCGCCAUCUGACGCACCGGACGUCAUCCACGAAUACUUCUUUCUUGAAGGGUUCAUGGUCAUCAUGGCCGCAGUAGCAUUAGCUGCCCGAUGCAAUGUCUCUUCUGCGCCAACUUUAUUCCCUGUUUCAGGAGCAACGUCGUCUGACUUUUCAAGCCCAAGAGCCAAUCUUUUAGCGACUCUUCUCUCCUCUUGCUCUUUCUGCCUAAGAGCCAAAUUACGCAAUUCUUUGGACACUUCCGAUCUUUGCAGAGGAGGUAUGCUCUUGGGUUUUCCACCUGAAUUUCCAUUUUUGUUGUUGAAUGCUGGAAUUCCUCUUCUUCUGUGA